CUUAAAACUAAGCAAAAGCCCAAUGGAUACAUAUACUUACUUAUUCCGAUCGUCGACGGUCUACCGCCGGAGAAUCAGCCGGAAAGCCACUUUUCAGAAGCGUUGCUUAACGAUGGCGAAACAACAUAGGACGAGAUUCUAUAUCCUCCGACGAUGUGUUUCCAUGCUUCUUUGUUGGAACAAUCAUUCUGUUUCCGAUUGAUCAUAAAAUUUAGAAUAUCGAAUUAACAACCAAUUAAUUAAGAAUUUGAUAUCAAUUAUCAGCGGUUGAGCAUAGAGCCCUGCAAGGCCGCAAUGGUUUUCGAGAGGCAACUUUUCGGAAAUGAAUUCAUGAUCAGGUUACCAAGAAGGGUUAUUAAUUAUGAAUGAUAUAGAGGGGAAUAGAAUUAUGAAUUUGUGUAUAUAUGUUGCUAGUGUACGUGUAAUUAGAAGCUAAGUUGAAAUUCUUUUACUUUUGAUUAAAAGAAAAUGUUCAAGGAUCCAAACUUCAUUAUGUAAAUAAUUUGUGAUGAUCAAUAAAUUUUUUUAUUCGAGACAA